AUGCUACCUGUAUUCGGGAACGAGAAACGAAGGAGGAUAAACCUGGGCGGCCAAACGUCGAGUCAGUCUCACGAUGCGAUCGUGAACCAGGCUAGGGUGCGCCGCGGCGAGCGCGAGGAACGCCGUAGGCAGCAAGAUGCUGCUCUGCGCAUUCAGGCUUGGUGGAGAGGGAGUCUUGAGGCGAAGGAUAUUAGGAUGCAGCUACAGCAAAUGUUUAGAUCUGACCCUCUAUCUAUACGCGGCAUGAGGUGUCUCGUGCUCAUCGGCAAAAGGCCAGAUGCCCUUGACAUAUGGUCGUCUGCGGUACUGGGAGUUGGCAUCGAUUUGUGGCUACAGAAUGGCGUUUCGAGCUUAGAUCGUCAAAGCUGGCUUGUGCUCGUACGGCAAAUAUGUGUCCUGUUGCUGCAGGAUGUAGCGGAUCACCCGCAAGUGACACGAUCUGAAGCACAUCUCCGAGUACUUGAUGCGGUUCUAUCGGCUACUGUAGUUACACGAGCCUUAGGUCCGCAAGGGCCUGAACUCAGUACGGCGGUGACCGCGUAUACCUUGCAAAGGGGAUUCUAUGAUCAUGUUGCGAGAGCGAUCCUAAAUACGCCACUCGACGCAGCAAAGACGUCCAAGACGCUACCUUUGCUGGUCCCGCUCAUCAGUCAUCCACUCCGCACCUUCAAUACCGACUCACCCGGAUACCUGGCUUCAUUUUCGCAACUCGUGCAGCACAUACUGCCGAUCCCACUUCUGCCCAAUCGCGUACCUCUCGCAUCCUUGCCGCAAUUGUCAAGUAGUCUUCCGCUCUCGAACAUCGCUGUGCUUUCCGAAUCCAUUCGUUCGCUCGUAUCCUCGCUUUCUGUCGAAUCACGUGUACACUUGCUCUCGAACUUGCUCGCAUUCUCCCCACCACGAUACGCUAAACUUCCCGGACCCGCGCUCGCGACGCAUCUUAAACUGUACGCGGCAAUCAUGCAUGCACUGCCUCCGCGCGCCCUGGACCCACCCGAGCCGCGCGCUUCAGCUUCGAAUGGCAAAUCAUCGUCUGUUUGGACCUCCUACAACACCGACGACGAAGACGACGAUUCACCUAUCACUGUCACCGUGGUCGCGAGCACCACUGCUCCUACUCCGGCGCCUCAACUACCGACCCUUGAUAGCCGUACGCGCAGGAGAUUGCAGACGAUUGCGGCGGACUCGCACAUCAAAGCGCUCCUUGCGGCUUCGGGUCACUUUGCGGCAUCAAGACCAGCGUUCUUCGAUUACCUCCUCGCACUCUGCACCGUAUGGCCUGCGCGCGCAAGUGGUGUGCUCACGGGCGUCAUGAUUGCAGGCGGAGGCGUGUUUCGGGAGUUGUACCGUGGCUAUGUUCGUAGUAGCCCACUUGGACGCGAUGAAGGCCUCUCAGUGCUUAUGGAUCCAGCAAAUGCCGCUCAUUGGCCUCCGCUUCUCAUCCUUAACGACCUAUACGCCCAAGCACUGCUCACGAUGGCCGACGACGAGUUCUUCGCCAGCGAUCGUCCUUCAUCAGUCAAGACCGACACACCACGCAAUCCGCUCUCGAUAGACGAGGUCGUCUCGUUCUCUCGUCGGCUGCUCAACAUCGCCUUUACACUUUACUGGCGCGAUGACCAGGCCGCGUUGCAAGAUGCGUGCGCCCCGGGGACAAGCCUGAGGUGGGAUGCUGUUAGGGAGAAGUUGACGAAGGCGCUCGUUGCUAUACACGCCAGAGACUCCCGUCGACCAUUCACGCCGCCGGAUCACUGGCUCGCACCGGGCCGCUUCGACAUGCAGUCCUUUAUCGAAGCUGCAAUUGCCGAAGAUGCACAUAUCUCACAGCCUUCCGGAACUCGCGCUCUUACAUCUCGACAAGUUGCAGCGCUCAGCCCCCGCCUCGGCGUACUCAACAAUAUCCCCUUCGCCAUCCCCUUCGCCACGCGUUUCCGUAUACUGCGCGCUUUCGUAGAAGCAGAUCAAGCCGCACACGCCCAAAUCGGUGAAGAAUCCCCCCAUGCUAGGCGAAGUUGGGGGAUGCCGGGAGGGGCGCCACAGCGCGCGAGCGUGCGCCGAGGACAUAUCGCUGAGGAUGGGUUCGACAAGCUUGGGGAGGCGGAUCUGAAAGGACACGUUCAGAUAGCUUUUAUUGACCAGUUUGGCGAUGUCGAGGAAGGUAUUGACGGUGGCGGCGUUUUCAAGGAGUUCUUGACCGAGAUUUGCAAGGAGGUCUUCGACAGCGACCGCGGUCUUUGGCUGGAGACGAAGCGAAACGAGCUCUAUCCCAAUCCACAUACGUAUGCCACAGAAUCACAUAGCUUGGCCUGGUACAAGUUCAUCGGACGCAUCCUUGGCAAGGCCAUUUACGACGGCAUUCUCGUGAACGUUGUCUUCGCCGGAUUCUUCUUGGCUAAGUGGCUCGGGAAGUCUAGCUUCUUGGACGACCUCGAAUCGCUGGAUCCGGAGCUAUACAACGGCUUGCUCUUCCUCAAGCGCUACCCUGGCAAUCCCGAGGAUCUCUCCCUAAACUUCACUAUCGCCGUCGAAGAGUUCGGCGUCGCGAAGACCAUUGACCUCGUUCCGAAUGGCAGCAACAUCCCCGUCACGCGCGACAAUCGACUGGAGUACAUCCUCCGUACAGCGCACUUCCGCCUCACGAAGCAGAUCAAACGCCAGUCUGAAGCGUUCUUUGAGGGCCUCUCGGAGAUGAUUGACCCGAAGUGGUUACGAAUGUUCAAUCAGCAGGAGCUACAAGUGCUCCUUGGUGGUGUGGACACACCCAUCGACAUCGACGACUGGCGCGCGCAUACGAAGUACGGUGGCUUAUUCGACAACGCUCACCCGACUGUUGCCGCGUUCUGGAGUGUCGUCAAGAGUCUGACAGACGAGCAGCAGCGCGCGCUGCUUCGCUUCGUGACGAGUGUUGGAAGACCUCCAUUACUAGGGUUCAAGGAAUUGAAUCCGCCCUUCUGCAUACGCGAUUCGGGCGGGGACGAGACGCGCUUGCCAACGGCAAGUACCUGUUUUAACCUACUCAAGAUGCCUCGAUACUCGUCAUCGACCGCGUUGAAGCAAAAGUUGCUGCAAGCUUUGUUUGCUGGCGCUGGAUUCAAUUUGUCGUAG